AUGGCCAGUCCAGCACCCAGAGGCAGGGGAGGUGGUAGGGGCGCGAGAGGCGGUGGGGGAGGUGGUGCCGGGAGGGGUGGCGGCGGAAGAGGCGGUGGCGGCGCGAGAGGCGGGCGGGGUGGCGGUGGGGCGGGUGCAGCAACUGGGUCACUCGACAUCGCGUCGCAUGUUCAGACGGUUGGGGUCAAACGACCCAGCUAUGGGACGGCAGGCCGCCCCGUCACUGUAAUCGCGAAUGCAUUUGAAACACCUAUCCCGGGCAAGAUAAUUCGACAUUACGACGUCAUCGAACCGUCAGAGAAGGUGCUACCGGCCAGGGUCAACAACGACAUCAUAAAACAACUUCAAAAUACUGUCGCGCCAGAGGUCUUCACCCCGAAAGGUGUUUAUGAUGGUCGAAAGAACAUCUUCUUCACGCAGGAACUUGCCUUCGGUCCAAACCAUUCGAAGACGUUCGACGUCACUCUGACCAACGGCGGCAACGUAGGCACGAGGCCUCCGAAGGUGUACAAGGUCACCCUUACACUUGCCCAAGAAAUCAAUCCGGAAGUGCUCGAUCAGUUUAUCCACGGUCAACAGAGCCACGGAAACGACGUGCUCAUCGCAAUUACAGCACUCAAUGUCGCUGUUAGGAUGAAACCUAACCAGUGCCAUCCUUUCAACGUCAGAUCGUUCUUCACCGACCGUGAAAGACGCGAUCUUGGAGCAGGUAUCGAGAUCUGGCGUGGCUAUUUCCAGUCUGUCCGUCCCGUUAUUGGGAGGAUGAUAGUCAAUGUCGACAUUUCCACGGGAUUCAUGUACAAAAGAGGCUCCCUCAUAGGCCUCUGCUUGGAUUUCUUUGGGAGGCAAGACCCGAACAUACUGUCGCCAAAACGAGGCCUACCGGAUCGCGAACGUCUGCGUUUGCAGCGCUUCCUCUCUGGGCUGCGUAUAACGACUUCACAUACUCACGGCGGUACUCGCCGUAUCACCCGCGUCGUCAAGAAAUUGAGUACCGCUGGUGCUCGCGAUUGCACAUUUACCCUGAGGGAGGGUGGCUCGAGCACGGUCGCUGAUUACUUCGCCAGGACCGUCAACCGUCCUUUGCAGUACCCAGACGUACUUUGCAUUGAGGUAGGCAAUGGCGCACUUAUCCCUCUGGAACUAUGCGACGUUCCUCCUGGGCAAAUAAUGCGGAAGCAAGUGCCGAGUGAUAAGAUCAAGGAUGUUCUGGCGUUCUCGACGAUGAAGCCUGCAGAACGGUUCCAGAGUAUUCGCUCUGGGUUUGAGGCUUUAUCGUACACCGGGAAUGAGUACCUGGAUGCCUUCGAAAUGACGGGAAUAUCGCAAACUCCCCUUAACGUGAACGCAAGGGUUUUGCAAGCAACAAGGCUGAAGUACGGAGCUUCAAGCAAACAACCGACGAUACAACCUACCAAUGGAGCAUGGAACCUUGUCGAUAAGAGGUUCUUCGAGCCAACGGAGAUCGAACGAUGGGUCAUCGUCAUAUACGAGCAGCAAAGGCGAUUCGGCCAACAAAACGUUGACGGCCUGAUCAACGGGCUAAAGGACGCCUGUCGCAGCGUCGGGAUGAAAAUCACGAACGAUGUCCCUAUCGUGAAAUAUGAAAACGGACAGGGGAAUAUUGCCAACCAACUGAAGGCUGCCGGCGGCGAAUGUGUCAAGAAAUACAAGGGACCGCCCAACCUCAUCGUUGUCGUUCUCCCGGACAAUAACACAGAGAUAUACACGGCCGUGAAACACUUUGGUGAUAUCAUGCAAGGAGUUGCGACACAGUGCCUCAUAUCGUCGAAAUGUUCUCGCGCGAAGAUGCAAUAUUACGCAAACGUAUGUCUGAAGAUCAACGUCAAGCUUGGCGGCAUCAACGCUAUUCCGGAUCCUCAAUCGGCGGCAGUUCUGACUGACCCACAUAAUCCAACUAUCAUCAUGGGUGCUGAUGUCAUCCACCCCGCACCGGGGUCUGAGGGACGGCCGUCGUUCACAUCCCUUGUCGGGAGUGUUGAUUCCAACGCGGCUAAAUAUGUCGCAGAUACAAGGGUCCAGGCAGGGCGUACCGAAAUGAUCGAAGACCUACAAGCUAUGGUCAAACAUGUAUUGACCAUGUACAUGUCAUACCGGGAGAAGAAGGAGAAGGUGGGAUCGGCUUCCAUAGCGCCCAAGAGGCUCAUUUUCUACCGGGAUGGCGUAUCGGAAGGUGAAUUCGCGCAAGUCCUAGAGAAAGAACUGCCUCGGAUCAGGGCGGCUUGCGUCGAGCUCAAAAUUCGACCGAAGAUCACGAUUAUCGUUGUCGGGAAACGACACCACAUGAGGUUCAAUACUAUCGACCCGCGCGACGCUGACAGGUCAGGCAAUUGCCCUGCCGGGAUGGUUGUCGACCGCGACAUCGCACAUCCGUCUGAGUUUGACUGGUACCUCUUGAGUCAUGGGGGGUUGCUCGGGACCAGCCGCCCCUCCCACUACUCGGUGCUUCACGACGACAACGCGUUUUCCCCCGAUGCACUUCAGGCGCUAUCGUUUGCGCUGUGUCAUGUAUACGCCCGUGCGACGCGCUCAGUGUCGAUUCCUGCCCCGGUUUACUACGCCGACAUCGUUUGCGCCCGAGCGAAAAAUCACUACGACCCUCAGGGAAGUAUGCACUUGUCCGACUCUGCGACCCAAUUGUCCGCUGGGCAGGCAGAUGCGUCAGUAGUAGCUUUCCGACAAGCUUUCCGGCCAUUGCACAAUGCGCAACGAACGCUCAUGUACUUCUCGUAA